CACCCACCCUCCCAUUCACUCACUCACUCACUCACUCGCUCACUCCAUCCAUCAUCAGCUCCACCGCCCACCGCCUCCCAUCUCCACAUGCAAGAGAGAGGCCACAUCCUUGUCAUGCGCUAAGAGUCAAGCGCUGGGCUAGUACGUUAGGAUCCCCAGUCAGUUAAGAAGUUCGUUCUGCAGACAAGAGAUACGGAGUACAUAUCCCUCCUUGAGCAACUGCAGUUCGCUUGGUUUAAACUCUGCGUGGCCCGCCCUUGCUCGACUCUUGCUCGUCUAACAUAACUUUUCCGUUCAACUACUCUACUGUACUGUAUUGUCGGUCGUAGCAAAACCUGAAUCGAUCAUAACUCUGUCCCUACCUACCUACAUAGGUAGGUAUAUCUGUCCAACCAAUCCCUCGACUUCCAAGCGUUGUGCAAAUACCCAAGCAACAACCCCCCUCUCCUGUUUCUCAGAGGCCACGAGCUAAAACACAUACAACCUCUCUCCGUCCUCCGUAUAUCAAUAAUUACUCUCCACUCAACCUACGAUAAUAAUGGCUGCCGACCUCAUUAUGCCCACUCUUGCGGGAGACCAGCACUCACGCCAUUUCUUCCCCCAGCAGCAACAGCAGCAGCAGCGCCCUACGCAUCAACGGAAUCAGUCAUAUCAGAUCUCGGUUGGACCUCAGAUUUCACCCAUCGACACCAAUGAGUCCACCAGCCCCAACUCCGCCUCCUCAACUCCCACUUCUCCCAGAGCGCACCAUGCACGACAGACUCGGCCCAUGUAUAUGCCCGCAGCCCUGCGUCCAAACUUGUUCCCCUCCAAGUCCAAUAAAAUGCCCAUUGAUGAUGCUGCUUCUGCCUCCAGCAUCGAGCCUGAUGGCGCCUUGAGACGUACCAACAGCAGCCUCAUCAACCUUCCUGGCAUGUCCGUCUUCACCAACAAGCUAGCACGUGUUUCGACCGGCGAUAGCACUCAGAGCAGCAUUGACGGCGAUUUCGAUCCCGACAUGUUCCCCGAAGUCAAGGCUCAGCCUACUCGCAAGCACUGGAAGCCCGAUGCCGAAUCUACUGUUUGUGAUGACCCGACUUGCAAGCGGACUUUUAGCUAUUUCACUCGACGUCACCACUGCCGAAAGUGCGGUCACAUUUUCUGCGACUCUCAUUCCACCUUUGCCGCUCCUCUCGAUCAUGAUGCCAAGUUCAAUCCUCGCGCCCCCCUUUCCCGAACCUGUCGUCACUGCUGUGAAGAGUUCAAGAGUUGGUAUACACGUAAUAGCAGCCGUGCUUCGAGUGCCGCCUCUUCGGAUGCGCCCAACCCUACCCCCUCAACUCCCAUCGGUACUGGUUUUGGAGACGCCUCCGAACUGCCUCGUGGCCCUGAACUUGCUGUCAGUGUGCCUAGGGAUUGGAACUGGAGCACUUUCUGAGCAAAGUACGACAAUUUUACUCGCAGUCGCCAGUAUCAAACAACUGCCGACAACAAAGUUGUCAUCUGGAGACGAAAAUGUCCAGUACUUUUUCUUUCUUGAGGUCGAGAUUGAGAUCGUCCCUGCCAGCAGAUGCUCCUGUUUCAGUGUCAUGCUCGAUUCAGACUUUGAUGGAGAUUCGAUACACCAGCACAUGGUUGCCCACCACGUUCCUUACGACACACCUGCCCAAGUUGCAGUAUGAGAUACCCGAAGCCGUCAGCUUCAUAAAGCCACCACGGAAGCAUUAUAGAUCGAUAGAAAUUCCCUGAUGAGUGACUUUGAUCAUCGUCAAAUGUCGCCAACUCGAACUCCCCCAUCCAUCCAUCCUCCUCUCCAUUAUGCACUUUUUCUGCUGACCUUCAUGGUUAAGCAGCGGUCCCGUCGGCCACUACUUUUGUGCCUUGUCUCUCACAUCUGGUUUUAUGAGUUCCCUUAUUUAAAGCGAGGCGUCCUGGAAAGCAGGCUUGAUAUGAGCUGCUACAUUGUGGUUUUCAGCCCUGGUAUGAUUACCUUAGCGGCCAGUCUUGAGAGAGCACAUACAGAAUGCUCCUCUGGUUAUGCUAUUUAAUUCUUUGUUUUUUCGAUGGGCGUUUUAUGAGCUCCCAUAGCCUGGUUCAAAUUAUAGAUGGUUUUGGAAUUUGCAUUGCCAUAGGUGGCACGGAAGGGAACUUACGAUAUGAUGAGAAUUGAGUGGUUAUUUGGCCAGAUUGACCUGGUUGCACCAGAUCUCUAUGGUUCGUUACUGCUAUUAACUAGACUAUAAACUACAUAUUCCCCCACCCAUUCAUGUCUCAUUGCUGCGUGUGAGUUGGAGCAUCACGUUGGUGGUGAUGGGACGAGCUGACAGAUACCGGUGAUGUAUACUAAUUUGAUACACAAAUUAGCGAUGCAACGUGUAAUACAAGUGAUCACCCCUA